AUGGGAAACGCCGUCUAUGUUGUGACUGGGGCAAACACUGGGCUGGGGAAAGAGGUCUCCCAGAUCCUCUACUCCAAGAACGCAAAGGUCUAUUUAGCUGCGCGAUCUGAGGAAAAAGCCAAAGAUGCGAUUGCGGCCAUACAAGCGGCAGCCCCGGACUCCAAAGGUGAUCUCGUGUACCUUCACCUGGACCUUGCAGACUUGACCACGAUAAAGGCGUCGGCGAACGAAUUCCUGUCUAAAGAGGCAAAGCUUCACGUUCUGUUCAACAAUGCUGGCGUCAUGACGCCACCCCAAGGCUCCAAGACCGCCCAGGGAUACGAAAUGCAGCUGGGCACGAACAAUCUAGGGCACUUUCUGUUCACGAAGUUGCUGACACCGACGCUGGUGACCACCGCAAAGACCGAGCCUGCUAACACCGUCCGUGUUGUCUGGGUCUCCUCAUCGGCGGCCGAACUGGGAAGCCACAAUCCGGGCGGCGUGGACAUGAGCAAUUUGGACUACCAUGACGACAAGGGUGCGAUCCUCAAGUACGGCAUCAGCAAGGCGGGCAACUUCUUGCAAGCUACCGAGCUCGCCCGCCGCUACGGCAGCGACGGUGUCGUCAGCGUGGCGCUCAACCCCGGCAACCUUGGCACGGAUCUGAGCCGCCAUGUUGGCAUCCUGCAGAUGGCCGUAAUUAAGCUGCUUGUCCACCCUCCGAUCCUAGGGGCGUACACGGAGCUGUUCGCAGCAUUCUCGCCAGAGGUCACAGUCGACAGCGUAAAGAAGGACAACUGGGUCGUGCCGUGGGGUCGUUUCGCGCCUAUGCGAGAGGACAUCGAUGCGGCCUCAAGGCCUACGAGCGAGGGCGGAACCGGCUUGGCUGAGAAAUGGUGGCAGUGGAACGAGGAGCAAGUCAAGCCUUACGUGUAA